AUGCCGACAUCAGCAGCAGCCGCAGCAGCAGCAGAACAAGAAAAGAAGGAGCACAGCGUGCGGCACCGACCCGCAAUUCCCUGCCUUCAGCUCCCGGCGCUGUGUCCACGCCGCAAGCCGCGAAAGACAACAGACUGUUGGCUUCGCCAUCCGAGAGCGCGCCAGAAGCUCCAGGACGGCGAGUGUUCCAAUUACAGGGGCGUGACUGAUAACCAGCUGCUCGAACUUGCCCAAAAGCUGUCAUGGGCCGCCCUCGCCACACACACCAACGAGCACUCCCCUGCUUGCAAGUGGGGCGUCAUCCCCAAGGAGCGACGACACGGAACCGCCCGGCAAAGCGAUGGCGACUUCCCCGAUAGCGGGCCGCCAAAAGACGCGCUCCGCGCUCACUUGGAGCUGCUCACGCACGAAAAGCCAUGGCGAAUGGCGACAGCAACAGGCGGGAUCGCCACGGUGCUGGCUCCCCUUGUUUUCCCACUGCUCUGUGACGAGUGA